AUAAUUGUUUAGAUAAGCACGCCAUAGACAUUGACCUCUUGUAUAAUUCCUCAUUUGCAUAUAAAAAAAUAUUGUAAUAAGAAUUGUCAAACGCAAGCAAUAAAGAGAAAAAUGGAAAGUCAUUUGACAAAGUUCACAAACUGAAAUUUGUUGUUAAAAUAUGUCACAAUCGAAGAAUAUUCAUAAAUUACCAGACAAAAGUGGGACAGAUAUACAAACAAUUGAUAAAAAUGAAGGAGAAAUGUUAAGUUGCAACCCUACAGAAAGUACUUAUGCUGUAACCGUUUCGAAGAAGCCAUCUCCUUCAGGUGAGGAUGAAGCCGCCCCGUGCGCCGGACAAAAGUCGUUCAUCAGCAUUCACUCCACUGACCAACUCUGCCAAGUGGCAGAUAUUGAGAAUCCAUCAGUCCUCGAAGUGUGUAACGUGGAAGUACUUACCUUAAACGAAGUUUUUCCAUCCACUUCAGAAGAAAGUCUCUCCAAUGAAGACGAUUCCCCAUUACCGAGAAGACAAAAAUUUAAAAACAAACCUCAUGCCCAAAAGAUGCUAAUAGAGAACGUCUGUAAAUCAACGUACGUACCAACUAAUAGUAAGUCGUCAACGGUCUCGGGAACGCAGAAGGAGCUUGAUGGGCAAAUAUCUGUAUAUUCAGAUUUCGAUAUUCCAAAAAGUACAUUGUAUGUUGUCGGUAGUAACCCCGGUGAACCGAAGAUGUCUUAUCAAGAUCCACCUAAGAAAAUAUCUAAAACGAUGAAAAAAUUUUUACGGAAUAUUGAUAAACACAAGAAUGAGCAAAAUAGCAAAAUCAACGAGAAAGUGAUCAGCAAGUUAACGACAAUGCGAGGCAUUCUCAAGGACGGCCGCUGCACGCCAGAAUGCACCGGCGAUUCUACCGUUCAAGAACCAGAAGAAUUUAUUGCACCAGAAGAUUUGACACUACCUUUUCCAAUGGACUUUAGCGCUCAAUUAAACUAUACGAAACAUAGUCCAGACAAGAACGUGACGUUCAACACUCAAGUGGUGAUCAUUCACUUUACCGGUGACCUUUGUGUCGGUCAGAGCGUUGAAACACUGAGCAAAGAAAAGGAUCAGCAGGCACGGAACUCAGAGUUGAGAAAAACAUUUCUCAGCAAAUACAAUGAAUUUUGGCAUACACAAAAAUAAUUUUAAGUUUAGAUUGUAAUUCCAGACGUUUUGUCUUUAGUGGUAACUGUGAUACAGUAUUAUAAGAAUUUUGAGACAAUGUUUUUUAAGAAUAAUUUGCGCUAUGCUAAAUUAUGAAAGUUUCGUUUUGUCCUGUGUCUUAUUUAUUUAUUUAAAUCAACGAAUUGCUUAAUAAUUAUUUAAUUUAUAUAUUGUCAACUUAUACUAAAUUUAAAUAAACGUUACUCAUUAAAAUGGGGUAUUAAUUAAAUUAUAAAAGAAAAAUGCAAGAAAAACUAAUAUUUAAUAU